GCGGACGUCGGGGGAUCGUCGCGAGGCGGAAGUCGGAGGAUCGGCGCGAGGCGGACGUCGGGGGAUCGUCGCGAGGCGGAAGUCGGAGGAUCGGCGCGAGGCGGACGUCGGGGGAUCGGCGUGUGGCGUUACUUUGGAGCUUCUGUGCACAGAGGACUUGAGGCAAUCGAAACAAAGUUCAGAGUUUGACACGGGUGGAGCUUGGAAGUGAAGACGAGGUGGUUGCUUGCACUACUACAUGAAUACAGGCACUGAAUUGAGUAUAUAUAUAUUUUUUUAGGUUUAUACAAAAUUGAAUUGCUAUACUUAUUCUCUGAAAGAUUUCUGGGUUCAGUUACUAGUAGUGUGAUUUUUGGAAAGACAUGGAAAAGUAUAACACACCAGGCCUGGGCAGAGGGAGAGGGGUGUACCAGACUGAUGUAACAUUUUCUGUGGAUAGAGGGCUUACUGGCUAUCCACUUACUUCCACACCAUGUGUAGCUUUUCAAAAUUGUGGAGAAACUCUCAAAACUGAUCAGUCCGGGGGUAAUAUGGCAGAUAGGACUGCAUUAGGGACUUCUACUGAAGGGGGCAGUAUUCCUGUAGAUAUGUUGGUCACUGUUGUGAAACAAAUAGGUCAAUCCAUCAGUGAAAAUAUUGUAUCUUGUUUGGAAUCAAGAGUGUUGGGAGGUGGGGAAGGAUUCAGAGCUGAACAACCUGGCAGUAGCAUACUCUCUGGAACACAAAACCUGAAGCUGGUAUUACAGUCUGAUGUUAAAGAGCCAGCAUACUUUCGAGGGGAUGGUUCUGAUAAAUGCACAGUGUAUGAAUGGGUGGAAUUGAUGUCAGUAUACUUGCGUAAGCGUGAGUAUAGCCAAGAAUGUCAGGCUGAAGAGGUUUUGGGCCGAUUAAUGGGGAGGGCACGGGACGUUGUUAAAAUAGCUUUACGCAACUACGCAAAAACUGACCUGACUAAUGGCCCUGGACCUAUUUUUGACAUUCUGAAGCAACAUUUUGGUGAAACUGUGCACUCUGCUAUGCCCUUAGCUGAUUUUUAUGCUACACUGCCCUUAAAAGGAGAAAGUCCAUUUGAUUAUUGGAUAAGGUUAAACAGGGCAAUUGAUGUAGCAGAGGACUGCUUGAAAAGACAAGGGAAGAAACUUGAUAAUCCAUCUCAGGAGGUGACCGUUAUGUUUGUUAGACAUUGCCCAGAUCCCCAAUUGCAGCUGAUUUUCAGAUGUAAACCCCAGCAACAUUGGACAGCUGCUGAAGUGCAAGAAAGGUUGGAUGAAUUUCAAAGGGAAAACAAGUAUACACGAAAUCAGUUAUCAUGUUUAGCUCAGAAACAAGAAACUGUAUUGCAUGUUUUACCUACUGCUCAUGAUGAAGUUAGCAAUAAUGAGGUAUCAGUAGUCAAGUGUAAUGCUCCUCAAGUACAGCAGUCUUUUGCUUGCAGUUCUGUCGAAUCCUUAGAGCGGCUGAUCACACGACUGGAACAUGUGUUGGAAAGAGUUCCAAGUGAGAUGACAAAACCUGCUGAAAAGCCUGUUCGACCGAGGCCCAAAACUAAAGGUGAUAGGUGGGGCCCGUGUAAGGUAUGUGGAGACUCUAACCAUACCACCUCUUACCACUGUCGAGCAAAUGGGCUUUGCUUUGUGUGUUUUGCACCAAAUCACACACGUUUUGAAUGCCCAAACAUUGUUGCAGAUGGGCUUGUCAGGGUCUCGUCAACGGCAUGUCCCUCUGGCCAGCAGGGAAACUAAAUGGCCCGCAUGAGGUGGGGGGAGAUGCAGGGCCCAAUGAAAACCCCCAAGUAUUUGAUGUUGAUUUGGAAUCACUAUAUUCUACUGUGCGUGAGGAAUUUGACCAAAACAUGACUGUGAUAGUUCAAAACACACGAAAACUGUCAAUGCAUGAGGGAUUGUUUUAUACUGACGUUUGUUUGGAAAACACACUAACUGUUAAAGGUAUGAUAGAUUGUGGUUCUAUGGCUUGCACUGUGAGCCCUGGGGUUGUGUCUAAGUUAAAGGAUGCAGGAGUAGCCUUGACUGAUUCUGGAGGGUCGAAAACAAAACCUAGUGGGAUGUGUGACAUAAACAUGACUGUUUACGGGUGUACUGUUCAGGUUCCAACAUUGAUUGUUGACGGCCAAGAUGAUGACAUCAUUGUGGGUAGCAAUGUGAUAAAGUACCUGAUCAAAGAGUUGAAAAGUCGAGGAGAAUUGAUUAAAAGAAGGAUGUCUGUCAAUAAGGAUUCUGAGGAUAGUAAACUUAUUCAGUUGCUGGCUAAUGUGGAGAGGUGGAACGGAGCAGUCGUUCCUGGAAAGGUUGGGACAGUUAAACUGAAGAAUUCCGUAACACUUGAACCCUUAAAGGAGCAUUUAGUUUGGGCAAAGCUUUCUAAUCUAAACAAUUUGUCAGCAGGCAGUGCCAUCAUUGCAGAGCCGUGUGGAGCACGCUCCAGACCCAGAAAUAUCUUGAUUGGUCGUACAGUGGCAAGGUUGUGGGCUGAUGGAUGGGUGCCUGUUAAGGUAAUUAACCCUUCAUCGGUGCCCAUUACUCUCAGACGUAACGCAAAAUUGGCUGACAUUUAUCCAUGUUUGGCACUGGAAGACUUUGAUGAUGCAUGUGAAGGCGUCACAAAUGGAGGGUUAUUAUGCCCAAUCAGACAACAUACCAACAAUGUAGAGGUUCAUGACAUUUCAAGUGGUUGCAGUUUGUCUGACAUUGGUGUACCCAGGAGAGACUGUGAGUUCCAUGAUAGGUUAACGAAGCUGGGACUCGCAGGCAUUGAUUUGAGUUCCUGUCAUUUGUCUUCUGAUUGGAAAAAAAAACUUGUUGAUCUAAUUGAGAAGUAUGAAUGUAUUUUCUCUAAACACAGACUUGACUGCGGCAAAGUUGAGGGCUAUGUACAUCGGAUAAGGCUGAGUGAUGACCGUCCAUUUAGGCUCCCAUACAGACGACUUCCGCCUAAUCAGUACGAUAAGCUUAGGCAAGCCUUGGAUGAAAUGGAAGAGAGAGACAUUAUCAAGAGAUCUAGUAGCGAAUAUGCUUCACCUCUUGUUAUUGUUUGGAAGAGAAAUGGAGAUUUAAGACUUUGUACUGAUUUUAGGUGGCUCAAUGCUCGAACUAUAAAGGAUGCUCAUCCAUUACCACAUCAAGCCGAUGCUUUAGCUGCACUGGGUGGAAACAUUUUUUUUUCCACUAUGGACCUGACGUCCGGCUACUACAAUGUUGAAGUACAUGAGGAAGACCGAAAAUACACUGCUUUCACAUCGCCUUUUGGGUUAUAUGAGUAUAACCGUCUUCCUCAAGGACUUUGUAAUAGCCCAGCAACUUUUAUGAGAAUGAUGCUCGGAAUUUUUGGAGAUCAAAAUUUCUUGAGCCUUCUCUGUUACUUGGAUGACGUGCUUGUAUUUGCUCCGGAUGAGGAGUUGGGUUUAAAGAGAUUGGAGCUGGUUUUUGAGCGCCUGAAGUCUCAUAAUUUGAAGUUGGCUCCAGGGAAAUGUCAUUUUAUGCAAAGGUCAGUGAAGUUUCUUGGUCAUGUUGUCAGCGAGGCGGGUGUGGCUUCAGACCCUGAUAAAAUCAAGGUGAUUACUGAAAUGACAGAGUCGGAUCUUAUGGAUGACAAAACUGGUGCUCCAUCCCAACAAAAGAUACGUUCUUUCCUUGGGAUGGUAGUAUAUUAUCAGCAAUUUAUAGAACAGUGUUCAGUAAUUGCAAAACCACUGUUCCAGUUAACUGCUGGCGCUAAGGGUCAGAGAGGUAAAAAGGUUAAGAAGACUGUGUGAAAAGAACACUUACUGCAGAGGAUUGGACUGAUGAUUGUAGGCAGGCAUUUUGUCGUCUUAAGCAGGCUCUGAUUGACUGUGUUUUAUUGGCUCAUCCAGAUUUUAACAGGUCUUUCUUGGUUUCGGUGGACGCUUCCAGUAGUGGCCUAGGUGCUGUACUUUCACAAGUACCAGAAAAUGGGGAUAUGGCAAGGCCAGUUUGUUUUGCCAGUAAGUCACUUUCAUUUGCUCAGUCAAAAUAUCCAGCGCAUCGGCUGGAAUUUUUUGCAUUGAAGUGGGCUGUAUGUGACAAAUUUAGUCACUGGCUGAGAGGUCGCCCCUUCACAGUAUGGACCGAUAACAACCCCCUGACAUAUAUUUUGACAAAACCAAAACUGGAUGCUUGCGAGCACAGGUGGGUUGCCAAGUUGGCGCCAUUCCAGUUUGAUAUUAAGUACAUACCUGGUUCAAGGAAUAUUGUGGCAGAUGCUCUUAGUAGAGAGCCAUUUGUAAAACAGAGCACUUUGCAUCGCCUUACUAGAGUACCGUACAAUUUGCUGUUGCAAGAUGCGUCAGCAGUCCAAGGGGAACAAGUGCAAGAGGUUUUCAGAUGGUCUGCACACCCUUUUGAGCCAAACACUGAGCCGGGUAUUGAGGCAAAAUGUGACAUGUUGGCAGUGCAUUCCCAAGCACCGGUAAGUAGGCCAUCUGGUUCUUGGUCUGUGAUGGAAGUGUCUGCGGUCAUGGAGGCAAAAAGGUCUAAUUUGGUAACCUCACAUUGUGACCUUUUGUUGCCUCAGUUGAUUCAUCUUGUUUUACCUACUGAUCAACCAAUAUUGAAGGGCCUGUCACGUGAAGAGUUGGCAGAUAGGCAGCGGACCGACAACAUAUUGGCUAGGGUGAUUUGUUAUGUAGAAAGGGGUAAGAAACCAUCUAGUCGUGAGCGUAAACAGGAGCCAGUGGAAGUUGUCAGGCUGCUUAGAUCCUGGAACAAGUUUGAGAUGAGAG